AUGGCUGCCGUCAAGCCCGUUCGUUCUCCGAGCCCCAAGCUCGAGAAGCCUGCCAAUGGCGCCAAUGGCGUCAACGGCAUCAACGGCAAGGCACUUGCUGAGCGCGAACACAGCUACAAGUCCGACGGGGUUGAGGAUCACGAUGUCUUCCUUCUGCCUGUUUCUGACUACCAGAUCAUGCUGGGCUUAACCUUUCUUGCUGCCAUCAUUCGCCUAUUCCGCAUCUACCAGCCCACCAGUGUUGUCUUUGACGAGGUCCACUUCGGCGGCUUCGCUUCGAAAUAUAUCAAGGGCAGAUUCUUCAUGGAUGUCCACCCGCCCCUGGCCAAGAUGCUGAUUGCUCUGACCGGUUGGUUGGCUGGGUUUAACGGAGAUUUCGACUUCAAGGAGAUUGGCAAGGACUACAUCGAGCCUGGCGUCCCUUACGUCGCCAUGCGCAUGUUCCCUGCCGUCUGCGGCAUCCUCCUGGCCCCCUCAUGUUCCUUACCCUAA